CACUUUGAACUGGGCUGUCUGUUUGCAGGCACUAGCGACAACGGCACUUUAGAUCAUUAGAAAGCAUUUGCCAAAAGCCACAAAAUACAUAUACCUAAAUCGAUUUAUGCAAAUAUGUAAAUACCACGGGAGUCCUCUUACAUUUGGGAACUUUACAGUCCUAUUGAUCAAACAACCACGAAGAGCACAGAAUGUUGGUGCCACCUUAAUUGGGGAGGAUGGGCUCGUGGUGACGGCUGGAACUGAUGGAGGUACUAUGCCUCCUGCUGGUAGCUGUGCUGUGGGGCUGCACCAACCCAUUUCUGAAGAGAGGCACUGAGGGGAUUGAACAUGUGAAAAAGGAUAGCAAGUUUCUUCACUUCCUGGCAGAGGUUAAGUUCCUGUUUUUAAACAUCAAGUACCUGAUACCAUUCCUACUGAAUCAGAGUGGGUCCUUGGUGUACUACUUCACUCUUGCCGCCACAGAUCUGUCUCUGGCUGUGCCCGUGGCCAACUCCCUCACCUUCCUCUUCACCAUGCUCACUGGGAAGCUACUCGGGGAGGAGUUUGGAGGGAAAAGAGCUGUUGGAGGGAUGGUCCUCACCAUGGUGGGCAUCACUCUAUGCAUAGUGAGCUCCAUCAGUGAGACUGAGAGCAAGGGGCAGCAGAAUGGCACAAAGGUCUCACCAUAGAAAUAGAUACUGUAUCGGCACAGUACAUCUCUAUGGGUCUUGCUCUAAAAAAAGAUGACUGGACACAUUUUAAAAGGUUCUAUCACACACCACCUAGUUCAAGUUAUUGUUUCUUGUCUAGGGUACUUUCUAUAGGCUUAGUUAUGUCUUCAAUAGAAGUGACUUUGUGACUUUACGUAACAUAUUUCAACUACAGCGGUGUUUAGGCUAUCCAAAGGGACCCAAGCAUAUCACUGUAGAACACAACAUUUUGUAACAGAUAAUGAAAAUGACAGCUUCUUAUUGGACAAGUUCAAGUAGUAAGCUACCUCCCCAGUCCCUGUUUCAAAACGUUUUCUCCCUACUGGACACAAUCCUGACCUACACCAGCCAGGCAGUAGAGUGAUUGGACAACAUGUAGAAGAGAAUGCAAAUGAGCUUAGUGGGAACUCAUCAUGCACAAUGUUGUGGCUUCCACACCUUAUAACAACUGUGACAGAGUUCAAGUGGGGUUUAUUCCAGCCGGGGUCCAGAUUUAUUGCCUAUCUAGUUAAGGCCGAGUCAGCAAUUCUUGCCACUUUGCUGUCAUGUUGUGUGAAUACUGCCCAUAGAAACACUAGACUAUAGGCCUAUAGAAGACCACAGUCAAUGUGUUAGUGUUGAACAUAGACCAACUAGAGUUCAUAUCUUGAAAUCACAGUGCUGCUACUGUAUAUCAAGGUCAGAGAAACCGUUAUUACAUUGUAAUGUCUUAAUGUAACUUAUUUUGAUAUGAAACUACAAAGGCGUUCCAUGCAAGGUGAUAUGUUGAGUGGGGAAAAACUGUAGUCUGUUUGCUGUUUUAUUGCACUUUUUAUUCAGAAAUAAUGGCAUUUAACCCAAAAUGCUUGUACUGUACAAUCAGAGGAUGUUGCUGUUUUUGUAAGAUAAAAUAUUUCAUUUGGUA